AUGCAAGUGGAUGUGGGAAGCAACCAAACUCACGCCCCGCCCGUCAAUCAGGACGACUCCAGUCCUCAGACAUCUGUUGACUCCAGUCCUCAGACAUCUGCUGACUCCAGUCCUCAGACAUCUGUUGACUCCAGUCCUCAGACAUCUGCUGACUCCAGUCCUCAGACAUCUGCUGACUCCAGUCCUCAGACAUCUGUUGACUCCAGUCCUCAGACAUCUGCUGACUCCAGUCCUCAGACAUCUGCUGACUCCAGUCCUCAGACAUCUGCUGACUCCAGUCCUCAGACAUCUGCUGACUCCAGUCCUCACACAUCUGCUGACUCCGCACCUCAGGACGACAGCAAGAACUCGCUACGCACGGUGCUGCAGGAGGCGACAGAGAGCGUCAGGUCAAGCGUAGAGCUAUGGGAGAUGCGCUUGCGCAUUCACCUGUUGUGGGGAGAGGAGGAGACCGCGGAGGCCAUCUUUGAUCAGGCCAUCAAGGCUCUGAAGCGAGAUGCAUUGCCGAUGUGGGCAAUCAUGCUGAUCUACUGGAAUGCCAAAAACAGAAAUUCUAAGAUUGUAAAACUGCUGAGGAGAGGUUCCAGGAUGACAUUUAGGCCGCUCAUUUGCGUCGUUUUGCGGGUGAUUUGGUUGGAUCGGAUCGCUAUGAGGCAGGGCAUAGGGGCCGCGCGCAAAUACUUCCAAAAAAUGCAGCAUCAACGUCCUUUCAGCGUGGCAUUUUAUCAUAAGAUGUUGCAGCUGGAGAGUCAGGAGCCAGAGCUCAACGUCAGAUUCUGUCGCAUCUGCCAUCUCUCUGCUUGCAUAAAUUCUGGCGGCACGUGUUUCGAUGUUUGGAAGACUUUUCUGCUAUUCGAGAAGCAGUACGGCACACCUACUACCCUGGAAAAAGCCUAUCAAUUGUCCAUCAGAAUCCUGAGAAGUACAGAACUACGUUACUGUAUUAACAUUUUUUACAAUCAACUCACUUCACAACAAUGACUCCACAACUCCACAACAUUUUUCGUUACUUUAUUGACAAAUUUUGUUUGAUUUGAUUUUAUUAACAUUUUUUUUUGUAUUUUGUUUGACGUGAGAAACAUAGUUUCAAAUCACUUCACAACACUGACUCCACAACGACCCUUUUGUUAGUCUUGUCAAAUUUUUUUCAUUUCAAAUUGUAUAUUUUUUCGUUACUUUAUUGACAAAUUUUGUUUGAUUUGACUUUAUUAACAUAUUUUUUGUAUUUUGUUUGAUGUGAGAAACAUACAGUUUCAACUCACUUCACAACACUGACUCCACAACGACAAAUUUUGUUUGAUUUGACUUUAUUAACAUUUUUUUUUGUAUUUUGUUUGACGUGAGAAACAUAUAGUUUCAACUCACCUCACAACACUGACUCCACAACGACUCUUUCGUCAGAGUCUCGUCAAAUAUUUUCAUUUUUCAUUUCAAAUUUGUGUCUUUUUCGUUACUUUAUUGACAAAGUUCGUUUUAUUUUCAAUGAUUUGACUUUAUUAACAUAUUUUUUUAUUUUGUUUGAUGUGAGAAACAUACAGUUUCAACUCACUUCACAACACUGACUCCACAACGACUCUUUUGUUAGUCUCGUCAAAUAUUUUUAUUUCAAAUUUGUAUCUUUUUUCGUUACUUUAUUGACAAAGUUUGUUUGUUUUGAAUUUAUGAACAUAUUUUUUUGUAUUUUGUUUGACGUGAGGAACAUACAGUUCUCUACUCUGUUUUCUUUUUUUUAAUUUCUUUAUGAGAUGGAUAAUUUUUUAUUUAUUAAUUUGAUGGAUAAUUCUCAUUUUCAAAGCAACAUACAUACUAGAAAAUAAGGAAUAAACUAAUUCUAGAACAUAUUUUUCCCUUAUUUCAACAAAAGAAGGUAAUGUUGGGAUUUUCAACGUUUUAUGUUGAAAAAACAUUGAAUUACGUUGAAAACUAUGUUUAUUUUGAAACUCGAAAGACUGAAGUAGAUAGAUAAAUAAUGAAAGAUAUAGAUUUUUGAAAGUAGUAAAAUCUAUGAAGUCUCUUCAUGAUCUCACAUAGUGUUUCCGUCCGCCAAAUAAAUAUGGAUCGAAAAUUCAAACAUUUGAUAAAACCACCAAAGCCUUACCAAAGUUUAUUCAUUACCUCAUCUUUCUGAUGAAUAGAGUAUAGCAUUAUGUAUUACAAGUACUGUAUUGUUUAUGAUUUUCAUUUUUAUUGAAGGAUAUAUAUUAUUUUAUUGGUAUAAUAAUGUCUAAUAUGAAUUGUUUAAUAAUUGUGUGUUUUCAUUUUAUUGGUAUAAUAAUGUCUAAUAUGAAUUGUU